GCAAUGAAUAUUUUCAUUCAUCAAAUACGUGCGGAAUCUAAAGAGCUCUAGCCCAGUGACUAGAAGUAGAUCUGUGUCGCCAAUAUAUAAGUGAUCUUAAAAUUGAAAAGGGGGCAUAAACAGGCGAAACAUGGCAACUCAGGGUCUAAAUGUUGCGGAUUAUGUUGUGAUGGCGAUAUUUGUCGGUAUCUCUUCGCUGAUUGGGUUUUACUACGGACUAUGCACGAAACAGCGAACCACUGAAGAGUAUCUUCUCGGAGGGAGGAGAAUGCAUUUACUUCCGGUUGCCAUUUCGCUAGCCGUCACGUUCCAGUCGGCCAUUUCAAUUAUGGGGACGUCUGCAGAAAUAUACAUGUACCACACUAUGGGAACGUAUGGUGACAUUGGGUUUAUCAUGGCAACGAUCUUCCAGGCGUUUGCAAUUGUACCUCUCAUGCAUCCACUGAAACUGACCAGCUCCUACGAGUACCUGUACCUACGGUUCGAGUCCCGGGCUGUCCAGUUAUUGGCAACUGUGCUUGGUAUGCUGCAGACAUUGCUGUACAUCAGUAUUGUUCUUUUUACCCCCGCACUAGCGUUAGAGGCAGUGGUCAACAUCCCGCUGUGGUUGUCGAUAGUUGUUAUGGGGGCCGUCGGAACCAUUUACACGGCCAUCGGUGGAAUGCGGUCUGUAAUUUGGACAGAUGUGUUUCAGUUUAUGAUGCUGUAUGGCGGCAUCACGGUGGUGUUGAUAAUGGCUGGCGUAGAAAUAGGCAGCCUUUCUAAGAUAUUCAGUCUGGCUGACGAAGGAAAACGAAUCAGAUUUGACAUUAUAAGUGGCGAUCCCCGGGUACGACACACGGUAUGGGGAUGCAUCAUCAACGGGUUGUUUAACAGUCUACCUAACUUCUUUGGGCAGUCAUCCAUUCAACGGAUUUCGUCGAUUAAAAUUCAAAAAGACGCUGAAAGAUCAGCUCUGUUGAAUAUCCCUAUAUCAAUGUUUUUCAUUCUGGUCCUUCAACUGACGGGGAUCUCUGUGUUCGCUUAUUUUUCAAGCCACCAAUGUGAUCCUCUCGAGAGCGGGCAAAUAGAAAACCCAAACCAGUUGGUUCCAUUCUUCGUGAUGAACGUGCUGAGUAGCACACCUGGACUGACGGGGAUAUUUCUUGCGGCGAUGUUUAGUGCCUCCCUCAGUUCCUUGUCGUCGGGAAUCAGCUCAUUGACAGCAAACACGCUUCAGGAUCUACUCCCCUACUGUUUGAAAAAUGUCACACAGACAAGAAAAACUGCUUACGCAAAACUUAUAGCCCUUUGCUACGGUUGUGCUGUGGUGGGCGUGGCAUAUCUCCUGAGACGUCUUCAUGGGCCAGUAGGACAGAUAACGGCGGUUGCAGUCGGGUCAACGGGUGGUCCGGCGGUGGGUCUGUUUCUUCUUGGCGCAACAUCCCCCUUCCCUGACUGGGUGGCAGCUUUGGUUGGUGGUGUGGUGGGAGUUGCUUUUACCGCUUACCUCUCUAUAACGACCACUUUGUACCGACAACCUGACGUCACUUCCGCUCCA